UUUCUUUGCAAAAUGCCAAAGUAAAAGUGUAGUGUGGAAUCCUCAAUCCAGGGAUACACAAAAUAUUCAUGUUGAUAUGGACCCUGCAGUUGGUGUGUAGGCAGCUAAACCACAUAUGCUUAAACUUUUUAUGUGGAUGGUUUUGAAGAAGAAGAAGAGGAAUCUUGUCAUGGGCCAUUUCCAAUAACCUCCAUCUGCAUUAAUGUGAUGGGACAUCACACAUGACACAUAUGCUAAUUCUGUGUGUUGGAGGAUGAGGAUUCUUACUCGCAUAUACUACUUCCAAAUUCUAACUCUUUACGACUCCACCGCCCAAUUAAAGCUGACCUUUCAGCGUCCUGUAAAUUACAACCAACCGCAUGCUUUUCCUUCCGAUCGAUCGGUUGACUAAAUUAAUCUUGUCCCGGUUAUCCUAUUCCUGCGAUUUGCCUAUUCAGAUAUCUUGAAACCAGUACCAGUACUAGUACGUUUGGUGGCGGAAGAUAUAUAUAUAUAUAUAUAUAUAUUAUGGAUAUGCGAAAAUCAACUCAGCCGAGGAUGACAACUACCUCCUUCGCUGCAGCCUCUAUGUAUGAGAAGGAGUUUAUGGAGUUAGUAUGGGAAAAAGGUGAGAUCCAAGUGAGAGGACCAUCCUGCAGGUGGAAAAGUGAUAUUGUUGAAGCUAAAGGAGAAAAGAGAGGCAAGUUGGGGAGCAUUGUGAAUUUUGGAAGAGCAACAGAGGAUUGUGAUCAUGGUUUGAAAUAUACUACUCCUAGUGUUGAUCAUCAUUACAAACCUCACCCUCAUCCUCACCACUCUCAUGAGUUCUACUCAGAAAAAAUUGCUGCUGCUGCCACGGCGGCCACUGGGAAUAAUAAUGAUUGCCGUAUUGUUCCAGAAUACGAAAAUGAAAAUGAUUGUGCAGAAUAUGAAAAUGAAUGUCCAGAAUAUGAAUAUGCACAUUUAAAACCAGCAGUGAAUAUUAACGAUGCAUCGAAGUUGGAGAGAACUAUCACUCAGACUAAUCAUCGGCUGAGAGCUUUCCCACGGAGGAAUUGUAGUGAUCACAUUGAUUCAACCUCCUUGCCAGAAGUAGUGCUAGAGCGCCAAGCUGCUUCUGCUGCUCAUAAAAUAACUACUACAACAACAACAACUCCUUCUCAUUCUUCUCAUUCUUCUCAUGAUUCUCAUUCUCAUUCUCAUUAUGGUGGCCAGUGGUUCCUAGGAGUAGGAGUAGCAAGUAAUCAUCAAGAGAAGAAUUCGAACAAGAAGUGGAACAAGAGUAGGAGGAACAGCAACAACUUGUCCCACUUGUCCAGAGGAAUAAGACUUGCAACUGUUCCUAAACCUAAUAAUGUAGCUACUAAUGUUAAUGCACCUUGCACUUGCACCGCUGCUGCUGCUGCUACCAAGUACUCAAUCGUCACGGACAAAGAUCAUCAGAGGCGCCCGGAUGCUUUAGGCAUCGUUCCCAACCAUCAUCUUGGAUCGCUUACUGCUAAUACUGCUAGUGUCAAACAUCUCCAAAUUAAUCCAACCGUCAAACCACUAGAUCUACACUACUUAUCCCUUCGGCCUCAUGUUCCAGCCGAUGAGCACUCUGAAGCUUUCGGUAACAAAGUUGUUGCCUUAGAAGAACAACUUCCCCACAAGAAAACGAAAACCCCCAAAAUCUCAAAACCAAAAACGAAAACCCAAACUGCAACUGGAAAGUACUUCACACGACCUCCUCCUCCUGUUCCAUCAGCUUCAGUAUGCUCUCUGGGAGCUUCAAAUAGCCCAGCACACGCACACGCACACGCACACCCUCUGAAGCGCACAUCUGAGGAAACUGAAGAGUCUGCCUAUCCAUGUAAAAGUGUUGAAAAUGAACCCACGGCUCAGGCUGUUAUAAAAGCAGCAGUUGCUCCCGGAGGAGGUAGAUCCAAGAGAAACCGAACUCCACAAAUCCAUAAUUUGUCCGAAAAGAGGCGAAGAGAUACCAUCAACAAGAAGAUGCGGGAGUUAAAAGAGCUCUUACCCAAUUGCAAUAAGGUGGACAAAGUUUCAAUGCUUGACGAGGCCAUUGAGUAUCUCCAGACCCUUCAGCGUCAAUUACAGCAGAUGUUGUCGAUGGGAAACGAGAUUAUGGCGCCUCAAAUGAUGCUGCCUGCUGGAGCGCCACAUUUGUGUGAUCCAUCGAUGAUGAGACUAAGCAGCAGCUUACUCCCCUGCUUCCCUACGACUACUAGUACUAGUACUAGCACUAGCGCUGGCACUGGAACUGGUGGUCAUUCUAAUCCUUAUAAUUCUGGAUUUCAGAUGCUUCCCUUCCCUGCUUAUCUGCUUCCCUUCAGUACUAUUCCUCUUCAUUCCCUCGUACCACCCGCUAUCUCCAGGCCCACCACCCUUUUUGAUCAGCCUUAUUUUGCUUCCAAAUAUUAUUCAAACCCCCAUUUCGUCCAUAUGUUUUACAACAACAACAACAACACUCCUACAAAUCAUGUUGAGCGCUCCAGGACUACCCAAUCAACUUCUACUCAUCAGGGAACCCACCAAAACUCAAAACAAUGUUUUGCUUAGCCACAGUGCAGCACUCAUGCACAGAUAUAUAUCUAUAUAUAUAUAUAUAUAUAUAUAUGAUCAAAAUUCAAAAUUCAAGAGCUUGGAUGUCAUGGCGGCAUGUACAUUCAGGAACUUCAUCUACAGCUGAACUCCCUUCCAGUCCAGAAGAAAACUAGACUACCAUGGAAACAAAUAUGGGUUUUCGAAUCUCGUCUCAUGCCUUGGAUCAUAUUGUGGGAUACGUACACUACAGAAUUGGGAUUUAGCCAGUAACCAGAUUCAACAAUCAUGCUCAACAUGUGGUUAUAUCCCAAUAUAUAUGCGUUGAAACCUUUAAACAACUUCAUCCGACUUCGUUUUCCCCAGCUUCAAGCAGUGGCAGCAGCAAAAGCAUUGGCACAAGCUAGCAUUUAUAACAACUUAAUUUCAGAUGUACAGCAAAAGAAUGCAGACUCUUUUUAUUGUAGCAGCGAAAAUGUUGGCCUAAUAACGAUGCAUUUGCAGUCUUCUCAGUUGUUUCUUGA